UAUUUGAGCCACCAUGCGCCCCCUAAAGGAGAACAGCUCAAAUUAAAUAUUAUUAAAGUUUGAUUCUCAUAGAGUGGACACAUGUGUUUACAUACACGUCAGCAGGAAACAAGACUACCUGCACCAACAUGAGCAGACAGGAUUCUCUUGGUGAAGUGCCUUUAUUCCACGAGGAUGAAAAUGCGUUUAGUGAGAACAAAUCAAAAAUCAAACAUCCUCUGGCCUGUUUCUUUCAUCUCUUCUUCCGCACAAGUGCAAUCCUGAUCUACCUCUUUUGUGAGUUUCUCAGCCGAAGUUUUAUUGCCAACAUGGUCACCAUCGUUUUACUUCUGUCAUGUGACUUCUGGACAGUAAAGAAUGUGACGGGACGACUGUUGGUGGGCUUGAGAUGGUGGAAUCAGGUUAAUGAAGACGGUCACAGUCAUUGGAUGUUUGAAUCCAGAUCAGGAACCAGUAAAAACGUGGUCUCAAACUCCGAUUCACGGAUUUUCUGGAUUGGUCUAAUUGUGUGUCCAUUGUUUUGGGCUUUCUUUGUAUUUAGCUCACUUUUCUCCUUCAACAUAAAGUGGUUGGCGGUUGUGAUCAUGGGAGUUGUGCUGCAGUGGGCAAACCUAUAUGGAUAUGUGCGAUGCAAAGUUGGUGGUGCAACCAAACUGAAGAACAUGGCAACUAAUUACUUUGGCCUUAAGCUCUUCACAAAGGUAGUAGACAAACCAGAGGGACCAUAAUUUGACUGUAGCUGGCUUAAUUUUAUUGAGUAGCGAGUUUUUUCUCCUUAUUUUGUCUGGUUGAGCAAUUAUUUUUUUUCAAUCUAAUUAUUAUAAUUUUUAUGGUGAAUUCUUCUUUCCAUUGCCAGCUUUUCUUUUUUGCCAGCUUCUUCAAACUUUGUGUUUCCUUAUGAGUAGAUAAUGUGAUUAUCUGUUAGAAAAAUUAUUUGUAUGAAACUUCAAAACGUUAAAACGCAUUAAAAUAUUUUGAGUACUGA